CACACCGGAAGGUGAAUUACAAAGGGGAAGAAAAAAAACUAGUCACUGUUACCAGCAACUCAAGGAGCGUACGUUUGUCGCCUGGGGGGCCUUUCUUUGUGAAGCAUUGGAAAACCACCUUGGUCUUUGUGGGUGAAACUGUGUAGGAAAUUCACUGCCUGACUGAAGGACAAUUAUCUGUAAGAAAUGUUCCUGUACAUUCUUGGACUGGUGGCUUUUUGGUUUGUGUUCCGCUGGUACAGGGAACUCGCAAGAGUACCCAAUAAAGGACAGAAAUAUGUCUACAUCACUGGCUGUGAUUCUGGAUUUGGGAACCUUCUGGCCAGACAUCUGGACAAGCUGGGCUUCCGUGUGAUCGCAGCCUGUUACACUGAGAAGGGGGAGGAUGAACUGAAGAAGGUCUCUUCUGAACGAUUGAACACAGUCCACCUGGAUGUCGUCAGCACUGAUAGUGUCAGCAAUGCAACAGCAUUCAUCAAAACCUUGGUUGGGGAGAAGGGUCUGUGGGCUGUGGUGAACAAUGCUGGAGUCUCUGUACCAUCUGGUCCCUGUGAUUGGAUGACCGUCGACGACUACAAGUCCAUGCUGGACGUGAACCUCAUUGGAGUCAUUGGUGUGACUCUAAGUGUCCUGCCCCUCAUCAAGAAGGCCAGGGGCAGGGUGGUGAAUGUGGCCAGCGUGUUUGGGAGGAUAAGCGCCUUCGGGGGUCCCUACUGUGUGUCAAAAUAUGGAGUGGAGGCUUUCAAUGAUAGUCUACGGAUGAACAUGUCAGCUUUUGGAGUUAAAGUCCUGUGUCUGGAACCAGGAUUUUUCAAAACAAGCGUGACUGAUCUACAUCUCCUGAGAAAAAAUGUCAAGACAUUGUGGGACAAAUUGCCUGAAGAAAUCAAAGAUCAAUAUGGACAUGAUUACCCAGAGAGAGCAAAUGUUACAUUGGAGAAGAAUGUUGCGACGUUGCUGGAUGGGGACCUGAUGAAGGUUGUGAGCUGCAUGGAGCACGCCAUCUCUGCUGUCCACCCUCGUACCCGCUACUCACCUGGCUGGGAUGCCAAGUUCUUAUGGUUGCCUAUGUCCUACCUGCCAACUUGGAUCGCAGACAAAAUGCUCUUAAAAGAUAUGGCCAACCCAACAGGAUCUAUUCUUUAAUGUUAAUGGUUCUCUGACCGAAUGUAGGAGAAAGUCUUUAUUUACACCCACAGGAGAAGAAGAAAAAUGUUAUUGGAAAAAGUGUAUAGCAUGGGAUUCAACCAAUGAAUGGGGAAAAAAACACUAAUUUGUUUUCAAACUUAAACAGAGUUGUGAAUUGCAUUUUGUCUAAUCACAUUUGGAUUUGUCCUGUCUGUUUCCCUGGUCUGAUAAUAAAACCAAUGGAGAGAUUUUCAGUAGUUCAAA